UCAUGUGACGAUGACUCGCUGUAAGGUCCUGAAGCUCAGUAGCAGGAAGUAGCCAGUAACGGCCGUUGUCAGGGCAGCAGGAUGACCCAGUCUAUAGUGGUGCAAGGAAGUGUUUCUCUGCACGGAACUUGAUAGACAGCUGCACAGAAAGUGAAAGCUCCUCAGAUUCUCACAGAAAACCACACAGACUAACAGCUGAAGGAGAGCCUCACUGAAAUCUGCACAGACUGAAACAUGUACAGAGCUUGAGGUCUUCUAUUCAUCACAGUGCUGCAACAAUAUGAGGAUGGAAGUUGUCCCCCAGCAGGCUUCAGUGAUGUCAUGCCUGCUGGGAAACGCCCACUUUCUCCUGCUGGAAAAUUGCACUAUGCGAGCAAGAAGAAAGUGGGACAGUGUGGAAAUCAGAUUGGUUGCAGGUUCUGGGACCUUGCCCUGAGAGAACAUGCCGCUGUUAACAAGAAAGGAAUAUAUGAUGACGCGUUGUGCAGCUUUUUUAGAAAUGUCGAUACAAGAGCCGACGCUGCUGGAGCAGAUGUUCAGAGAGGAAAGAUCUGCUCCCUUAAAGCACGUGCAGUUUUGAUAGACAUGGAAGAAGGUGUGGUAAAUGAAAUAUUACAGGGACCACUUCGAGACUUGUUUGAGAGCACACAAUUCAUUACUGAUGUUUCGGGAUCUGGAAAUAAUUGGGCAGUUGGCAACAAACUGUAUGGUUGCCAAUACCGAGAGCAGAUUGUGGAGAACAUAAGGAGAACAGCAGAACAGUGUGAUUGUCUGCAGUGUUUUUUUGUUAUUCAUUCAAUGGGAGGAGGCACAGGUUCAGGCUUAGGUACAUUUGUACUGAAUGUACUGGAGGAUGAAUUCCCUGAGGUAUACAGAUUUGUCACUUCUGUCUAUCCAUCAGCCGAGGAUGAUGUUGUCACAUCUCCGUACAACAGUGUUUUAGCAAUGAGAGAACUUACGGAACAUGCCGACUGUGUGCUGCCCAUAGAAAAUCAAUCUUUAGUUGACAUUGUGAAUAAAAUUCACCAGAUGGCAAAUUCUGGCAAGCUUGGAGCUGUAAAGCCAAAUAGUCUGGUUACUUCUAAUAAAGGUGGCGUUAAAGAAAGUGAGAAGCCAUUCGAUGCCAUGAACAACAUAGUGGCGAAUUUACUCCUCAAUCUAACCAGCUCUGCAAGGUUUGAAGGGCCACUUAAUAUGGAUCUUAAUGAAAUCACAAUGAACCUGGUCCCAUUUCCACAUCUCCAUUACCUGACCUCAAGCUUGACACCCCUGUAUACACUGGCUGAUGUAAAUGUGCCAACAAGAAGGUUGGAUCAGAUGUUUUCAGAUGCCUUUAACAAAGAUCAUCAGUUAAUCCGAGCAGACCCUAAACACAGUCUCUACCUGGCAUGUGCUUUGAUGGUGAGAGGAAAUGUCCAUAUAUCAGACCUCCGCAGAAAUAUUGAACGGCUAAAGCCUUCACUGCAGUUUGUCUCUUGGAAUCAAGAAGGAUGGAAGACAAGUCUGUGUUCUGUCCCUCCUGUUGGUCAUACCCAUUCCCUCCUUGCACUAGCCAACAGCACUUGUGUUAAACCCACAUUUAUAGAUCUGAGAGACAGGUUUACUAGACUUUACAGAAAGAAGGCUCAUCUGCACCAUUACCUUCAAGUGGACGGCAUGGAACAAAGCUCUUUUACAGAUGCUCUCUCGUCAUUAUCCUCCCUAAUUGAUGAAUACAACCAGCUUGAUAUAUAUAAAGGGGUAGCUAUGCCUGACCCUCCUAGAAUUAACAUAGCAGUCUAACAGUCAUGAACAGUCUGUUGUUUAUGUAAAGAAUGAAUUUAUUGUAGGGGAGGGGAUGGGAAUUAGAGACUACAUUUGGUGCAGAGAUAUUUUUUUUUAUAAAUAUAACAAGGGUUGUCCAUGAAAUAGCUUAUCCCCUAUCCACAGCAUAGGGUAUCAGUAUCAUGGGGGAUCCAACUACUGGAACCUCCGCAGUCUCCGGAACCAGACCUCGGGUUUCAGUGAGAGCGUGUGCUGCAGACUGUACACGCUCCAUUUAUUUGUGUGGAAGAGAAGAAGAUCUGGGAGUGCUGUUCCGGAAGAUGUCCAGUACUCCUAUACAAUGGAAUAGGGCGUGUGUCGUCUGAAGCAUGUGCUCUCACUAAAAGCUGAGGUUCUGUUCCAGAGAUUGAAGGAGUUCCCAGCGGUCAGACUCCCGCUUUUAGAUACUUGUCUGCUAUCCUGUGAAUAGGGGAUGAUAUCAUUUUUAUCGGACAGCCCCUUUCAUGCUGCUUUUACAGAGAACAGGCUACAUUUUUAAAGUGUCAUUUGAACAGAAUUUAUAUUUUUAAAUACUAUUUAUUAUGUAGAUUAUUUUUUUUUUACUGUUACUGAAAAUAAAUCUUUUUGUAAUUAAAGAGUUAUGUUAUAUAUUUGUUUUAAAAUUAUUAGUGCUUACGUUAAAUUAUUAAAUAAUGUUCACUCACAGAC